UUCAGGGUCAGACUUGUUUUUAUGACCAGUGGAGGUUAUUUUGAUUAAAUGUGUUGCAAUAAUUGGUUCGGAUGAUUUAAUUUGCAAAAAUUAUCAAAAUUGUGAUGCAUAAUUUAAUGGAGAAUGGCUAAUAAUGUGGUACUUUUAUCAGUUACUUUGUAUUAUAACAAUAAUUGUUACAGCACACAUUGGUGACAAUCUUCUCGAAAAUGUAAGAACUCCAGUGUACAAAGCAUUUGCAGACAAUAUCACACAUGCAUUAAUUGGAUUUCUGGGUUGGAUCAUUGUCUCUCUGAAUAUAAAGUAUACAAACACUUUGUAUUUACUUGUGGAUUCAAUAUUAUGUCUCCUAAUUGCAUCCCUAAUUGAUAUGGAUCACUUUUGUGCAGCCAAAUCAAUAUCUUUACAGGAUGCAACUUCUUUGAAUCACAGGCCUUUUCUGCAUUUGUCAACACUCCCAUUGACAAUUAUUCUGGUUUUAUUAGGAUGGGCACAUUCAACAAACAAUGUAUAUAUGGAAAAAAUAGCUUUGAUUAUGUUUGUGGCCUUUGGCACACAUCACACCAGGGACGCUUACAGAAGAGGGUAUUGGUUGGCUCCUUUUGGUUCAACACCACCAUUGUCAUAUUUCUGUUAUUUGUUCAUCACUAUUUUGAUUCCAUAUGGUGUGGUAUUGUGGUGUAAAUAUUUUAAGCUCUCAAGAAGAUUAACCACUAUCACCAUGACUGAUUAUUCUGAUGAUGUGCAAUAUUUGGUUGAUGUUUAGAUAUUUAAAGCGAUGUUGACAAAUGUUAGAAAUUCUAUAUUUAUAAAAAUUAUUAUAAAAAUCAAAUAAUUGUUAAAUGCAUAAAUUAUUAACAAAUAAAUGUAAUUGUUAAACAUA